GCAAGUUGCCAAUGCACCAGAGCUUUGAAAGCAAAUUGGUUACCAGGUAUUAGACAUUAGCAAUCUCCUUGAAGUGGCGAAAUGGACAGCUAGAUUCUCCCUGCUGCUGAUGACACGAAGGAUGAGGAAGCAGAAGUACCCCCUGCUGCUGGCUGGCUGUCAGUGCAAUCAACACUUUGGUGGCAAACCAGGGUGUCAUCCGGAUGCUGAACUAUCCCUUGCUGCUGGAUGACUCUUGCUACAUUCAACUUUAUGGUGUCAGAAUUAUGUUUUUGAUGACCGAUAACGUUUUACUUCGAGUUGUAUGUUGGAAAUGGCCAUGGUACUUUUCUAUGUUGCGAUUUGCACAUUAAUCACUUGAGUGGAGGCUUCUAAUUCGUAAACAUUCUGCUCGUGUUAUCCUCUUCACUCAGUUAAGAAUUUGUCUUCUAUUCGAUGUAGUUUGUCGUCUGAACGGAACUGUUUUUUUGAGACAUGGUCUGUUCUAGUCAGAGUUAAUUGUUAAUGAUUUGCGAUUUAAGAUGGAUGAAUCCUCGGAAAACUAUAUGCCCUCUUCUUUUAUAAUGUUUUUCCCUUUUUGAUAUAUUUUCAUUUGUGUUAAAGGCUACUAUUACAUGGUGCAGUAUCGCUUCUCUCUCUCUUCUUUUCAUCUCACGUUAGAUGUAUUCCUUUUACUAUUUGAAUAGUUUGGAUUGUUCGUUCUAUUUUUUGUAUUUGCAAUGUCAAUCUGAUUAGUGGAAGACUUCAAGUCAUUUAGCACCCUGUUGAUGCUUUAACUCUUAUGUGCUUUGAUGUACUAAGGUACUUGUUGUGUUGGAGGCAUUGUUGCAUUAUGGUCUAGUAAUUUGAUGAAGAGGCAGAAUGAUAAUCUUCGAUUCCUUAACUUGGAUCUCUUGCCGAUUGCUUUCUGGGCAGUGAAAUUGAAAAUGGGUACUGGGUAGACCUUCUGUCUGUGCUUCUUAAUGGAGCAUCUUAGCUACGUUGGCUCUGCAGUUGAUUGCCAAAUUCCAGAAGUUUUGAGGAAUCUCCUGAAUCUGAGGGCAUAUUUGGUUACCAAUCAUUGUUGUUAUCUUGGUUGGGAGAUCUCUGUAAUUUUGGAAGGUGCUCGAGUGAUGACGAUUGACUUGGGAUGUUCCAGCAGCGAUGCCAUGGGCACUGGGCAGCAUUGUGAUGAAGCACCUGGUUUUUUUUACGCUGGUUGUGGCCAUUUGAUGUUUACAAAUGUGCAUUAUUCAGUUCAUGAGGGUUGUCACUCUGCCAAGCCAUGGAACAAGGCUAUGCCUAAUUGUUGUGCACCUCCGUGCCGUAUGAAGCACUUCCAACGUUCUCGUACGGGUCCCACCGACCUAGCCUUGCUUGUCGUGUCGUUCGGUGUUACCCCCGUGGCCCCGAGGAUUCCUGCGUGAAGACCAAGCAUGCCAAAAAAGUCCCACCCUGUAUCCAGCACCGCAUGAUCGCAAAAUCCGCCGCCCUCACCAAAAUUAAAUAAAGCGACGGCCGGGAACGCGCCACGUGGGCUUCGGAUGCGCCGUCCGCAGCCCCGCGAUCUCAAAUCCCGACCGUCCACCGCCUCAUCACCAUCUCUUUAUAACCCGACCUCGCCCUAGCCUCAUCCUCCGUCGUCCUCCGCCUCGUAUGUCCGAUGCAUCGUUCGCAGAUUCGAUCGUCUCCCUAGGGUAGAGAUCGCCUCCCUCCCCGACAACUCCUUCCAUGGCUGUUUCUCCCUCUGAAAUCGAUGCAUCCGCAUCGGAUCGCUUCGGGAGCGUCGCUUCCACGGCGGUUCCGAUGGCUCGAGGCCCCGGAGAUCGAGGUUCGUAACCCUAACUUACCCGAGGUGAGGUUCUGCUGAUUCCUCCGGAAUUCCAGUGUCGUUUCAAUUCAGCUCGAGAUUUCAAUGUUUCCAGCUCGUGUUUUCAUCCCGAUCUGCUCCUCUGAUCCGUGGCUUUGCGAAUUCGUCUUUUUUUUUUGGUGGUGGGUAUUUGUCCCGAUCCUGCUGGUUUUUAGCUGUGCGGGGAUGACGGAAGCUGAUCCUGCAAGCGAUUCGUUACGAUCGCCCCCAGACUCUUGAGCUCGGCGGGAGCUCGGCGGCGGCGCUUGGCGAGGACGAUCUGGCGGUCAAGGAGGAAAAGAGAGGAGGAGCUUCAGAGCGUCGAUUGCUCGACGGGAGGCCAACGGCUGUAACUAUGUAUUUGCUUGCGCUACAUGUUCGAUUUGUGAGUGAGGUACUGUCGAUCGAUCGUUAUAUCAGGAGGAUGUAUGAGAUAGAUUGGGACGAGAUCGCCUCCUUUUGCUUCGGGGGGCCGACGAGUUCCCGAUCGAUCUUUUGUCAUCCCGGCCUUUGCCAUGAUGGGUGCGCUCGCAUGGCAGGCCAACGAAAAGUCAAUGAAAAGUCAAGUUUUUCGGGGGGUUUUUGAGGGGGGAUCGCACGGGGAUUGCCCGGGAUCUCUCCUCUCUGCGUGUGCUUUGUCUCUGCCCGCUCUCCGCUUACUUUUGCUCGCAUCACUCGCUCCAUCCAUUCAAAUACUAGGAUCUGAAGGAGACAUCCAUCCAAAGCUUCGUCAAGCCGGAAAGCAAUUUGUCGCCCGCCUAAUGAAUCUGAUGCAGAUAAGGUGAGAUACAAGGGUUUAAAGGUCGAGCUCACAAGUUUAAUUUUUUUCAAUAGACAGUCACUGCACAAUCACAUUGGAGCACGUUAUAUGCUUUUGCCUAUAGUCAAAGUGACGCAUCAUAAAUUCAAGCAACCUUAUCGUUAUUGUUUAUGUUGUUAUAUAGUAUUGUCUAACAGCAAUAUAGAUUGGAGAAUGUCCUUCAUCUCUUGCGUCACGAGACGGGGGGAAAAAUCAAUUAACUCGGUAUAUGUUCUGGAAAUCUGCAGCCUCGCUUGAUAUUCUCUUCAGAAUCACCUUCCAAAAUUCUACAGUAAGUCAAAUCGAUGGUGGGCUUUUGUCUAUUCAAAUACUUGAAACCGUUGUUCUGUUAAUACAACUAAGCCGCGCACAGGAACAAAAAUCACUUUGUUAUACUGGACUUAUCCGUUGCCUCUGUGAACACCCUCUCAAUUAAUUGUCACCUCGCAAUUAAUUGUCACGGUCAGAAAACACGACUGCUUGGUGCUGCAUCUCUUUUCCGGAAUCUCUAUAAGUGUAUAGUGGUAUGUCAAUUUUUCAUUUGUGGUUGAUUGCUUUUAUCUCAUUUGAAUUGAGUUGACACUCUUCCCUUCAUCAAGAAGGGUAUGUUAUGUAAGGGUCAUUGUAUCAGAAGUAGUGCUUCUACUUGUAUAUGUUCGUUGGCCUUUUUGGUCAUCAAUGAUGCUGAGGGCCUCGUAGAUGAGUUUUGGAUUGUGAUGAGCCAACGAGAUCUGGAGCUUCUCACCAUGGUUGGCCGCUUCCUUGUUGCUGAUAAAGCGGAGUAAAGAUAGAAGGUUGAGAAAAAGCUGAUUGAGCCUUCCUGUUGUUGCGGAUUGAGAGGUGACAGUCUUUGCUUGGUGUGGUGUGCGAGCAGUUGUAUGAUGUCCUUGGCUAAUUUUGCAGGAUAUUUGCCCAUGUUCCAGUUACCUAAUCUUGGAUUGAACAUUGCCGUGUCUAAUAGAUGACGAAGACAUUUGUCGUGCA